UCUGUCCGGGCUGUCGCAGCCUCGCCUUGUCCCCUCUGCCUCUCCGUGGCACCGCGGGAUGGAGGCUCUGGCACCGUGACCUUCGCUGCCCUUCCCACCUCCGCCACCCUGCCCCUCCUCCCUUGGUGGCUGCCGCGGGAGAAGCUCUUCAUCCCCAGGGUGACAACCCUCGCCGGGAUGUCCCCUGACCCUCAGAGCCAGCCCCGAGCAUGAGCUCCAGUUGCUGUGGUAUCCAGGGAGCCUUUCUCCACCUCCUCCUCCUCCUCCUCCUCCUCCUCCUCCCGCUGCAGGAGCUGCACGCCGGGCGUUGCUAAGGUCGCCUCCGCGGUAACAUGCACAUCCUGUUUACACCUUCAUCCCGACAACUUGGGCUCGGAUAGAGCCACCCGUUCCCGCCGGGAAGCCCCCAGGGAAGGGGCCGCAUCCCCCACCCCAAGGCGCCGGAGCCGCCGGAGCUGCAAGCGAGGCCGCCGCAGGAGCGCCGCGCCGGUGGCACCGUCACCGUGACAAGAUGACGAACAACGUGGCCGACCACCACCCCGGGAACUCGGUGGCCGAGGGCAACCAUGAGGGGGACUUUGGGUGCUCCAUGGUGGAGCUCAGGAACUUCAUGGAGCUGAGGAGCGCCGAGGCCGUGGCCCGGCUCAACGACUCCUAUGGCGGCGUCCAGAACGUCUGCAAGAGGUUGAAGACGUCACCGGUCGAAGGCCUGUCCGGGAACCCCACAGACCUGGAGAAGCGGCGUCAGGUGUUCGGCCAGAACUUCAUCCCCCCCAAAAAGGCCAAGACGUUCCUGCAGCUGGUGUGGGAGGCCCUGCAGGACGUGACCCUGAUCAUCCUGGAGAUCGCAGCCAUCAUCUCCCUGGGGCUCUCCUUCUACCACCCCCCGGGAGGGGACAACGAGCUGUGCGGGCAGUCCUCGGGCGGCGUGGAGGACGAGGGCGAGGCGCAGGCGGGCUGGAUCGAGGGCGCUGCCAUCCUGUUCUCCGUCAUCAUCGUGGUGCUGGUGACGGCCUUCAACGACUGGAGCAAGGAGAAGCAGUUCCGGGGCCUCCAGAGCCGCAUCGAGCAGGAGCAGAAGUUCACGGUGAUCCGCAAGGGCCAGGUCAUCCAGAUCCCCGUGGCCGAGAUCGUGGUGGGGGACAUCGCCCAGAUCAAGUACGGUGAUCUCCUGCCAGCGGACGGGAUCCUGAUCCAGGGCAAUGACCUGAAAAUAGAUGAGAGCUCGCUGACGGGGGAGUCAGACCACGUCAAGAAAUCCAUGGAUAAAGACCCCAUGCUGCUGUCAGGUACCCACGUGAUGGAGGGCUCGGGCAGGAUGGUGGUGACUGCUGUGGGCAUCAACUCCCAGACCGGGAUCAUCUUCACCCUCUUGGGAGCAGGAGAAGGAGACGAAGAGAAGAAAGUGAAGAAAGCUAAAACUCAGGAUGGUGUGGCCUUAGAGAUCCAGCCCCUGAAGAGCCAGGAGGGGGUGGAGAACGAGGAGAAGGAGAAGAAAAAGGUCAAAGUGCCCAAGAAGGAGAAGUCGGUGCUGCAGGGGAAGCUCACGCGCCUGGCGGUGCAGAUCGGGAAGGCAGGGCUGCUCAUGUCGGCCAUCACCGUCAUCAUCUUGGUGCUCUACUUCGUCAUCGACACCUUCGGGGUGCAGAAGCGGCCCUGGCUGGCCGAGUGCACCCCCAUCUACAUCCAGUACUUCGUCAAGUUCUUCAUCAUCGGCGUCACCGUGCUGGUGGUGGCCGUGCCCGAGGGGCUCCCGCUGGCCGUCACCAUCUCCCUGGCCUACUCCGUGAAGAAAAUGAUGAAGGACAACAACCUCGUGAGGCACCUGGACGCCUGCGAGACCAUGGGCAACGCCACGGCCAUCUGCUCGGACAAGACGGGCACGCUGACCAUGAACCGCAUGACCGUGGUGCAGGCCUACGUGGGGGACACCCACUACCGCCAGAUCCCCGACCCCGAGGCCAUCCUGCCCAAAAUCCUGGACCUCAUCGUCCACGGCGUGGCCAUCAACUCUGCCUACACCUCCAAAAUCCUGCCGCCGGAGAAGGAAGGGGGGCUGCCCCGGCAGGUGGGCAACAAGACCGAGUGUGCCCUGCUGGGCUUCGUGCUGGACCUCAAGCAGGACUACCAGGCCGUGCGCAACGAGGUGCCCGAGGAGAAGCUCUACAAGGUCUACACCUUCAACUCCGUGCGCAAGUCCAUGAGCACCGUGCUGAGGAGCAGCGGCGGCGGCUUCCGCAUGUACAGCAAGGGAGCCUCCGAGAUCAUCCUCCGCAAGUGCACCAAGAUCCUGGACAAGAACGGCGAGCCGCGGGUGUUCAAGGUGAAGGACAGGGAUGAGAUGGUGAAGAAGGUGAUCGAGCCCAUGGCCUGCCACGGGCUCAGGACCAUCUGCCUGGCAUUCCGGGAUUUCCCUGCGGACGCAGAGCCCGACUGGGACAGCGAGAACGAGAUCCUGUCUGACCUGACCUGCAUCGCUGUGGUGGGGAUCGAGGAUCCCGUGCGGCCUGAGGUGCCCGAUGCCAUCCUGAAGUGCCAGCGCGCGGGGAUCACCGUCCGGAUGGUGACAGGGGACAACAUCAACACUGCCCGUGCCAUCGCCACCAAGUGUGGCAUCCUGCUGCCCGGGGAGGACUUCCUGUGCCUGGAGGGCAAGGAAUUCAACCGGCUCAUCCGCAACGAGAAGGGAGAGGUGGAACAGGAGCAGCUGGACAAGAUCUGGCCCAAGCUGCGGGUGCUGGCGCGCUCCUCCCCCACGGACAAGCACACCCUGGUGAAAGGAAUUAUCGACAGCACCGUGGGUGACCAGAGGCAGGUGGUGGCCGUGACAGGGGACGGCACCAACGAUGGCCCAGCCCUGAAGAAAGCGGACGUUGGGUUUGCCAUGGGCAUCGCGGGCACGGAUGUGGCCAAGGAGGCCUCGGACAUCAUCCUGACGGACGACAACUUCACCAGCAUCGUCAAGGCCGUCAUGUGGGGCCGCAACGUUUACGACAGCAUCUCCAAGUUCCUGCAGUUCCAGCUCACCGUCAACGUGGUGGCCGUCAUCGUGGCCUUCACCGGCGCCUGCAUCACCCAGGACUCUCCCCUGAAGGCCGUGCAGAUGCUGUGGGUGAACCUGAUCAUGGACACCUUCGCCUCGCUGGCGCUGGCCACGGAGCCGCCGUCGGAGUCGCUGCUGCUGCGCAAGCCCUACGGCCGCAACAAGCCCCUCAUCUCCCGCACCAUGAUGAAGAACAUCCUGGGCCACGCCGUCUACCAGCUCACCAUCAUCUUCACCCUGCUCUUUGCCGGGGAGAAGUUCUUCGACAUCGACAGCGGCCGGAACGCGCCCCUGCACUCCCCCCCCACCGAGCACUACACCAUCGUCUUCAACACCUUCGUGAUGAUGCAGCUCUUCAACGAGAUCAACGCCCGCAAGAUCCACGGCGAGAGGAACGUCUUCGAGGCCAUCUACCGCAACCCCAUCUUCUGCACCGUGGUGCUGGGCACCUUCGCUGCCCAGAUCAUCAUUGUGGAGUUUGGUGGGAAGCCCUUCAGCUGCUCGGGGCUCACCCUGAGCCAGUGGUUCUGGUGUAUUUUCAUCGGAGUGGGAGAGCUCCUGUGGGGCCAGCUGAUCUGCACCGUCCCAACGAGCCACCUGAAGUUCCUGAAGGAAGCCGGGCACGGCAUCACCAAGGAGGAGAUCCCCGAGGAGGAGCUGCCCGAGGACGUGGACGAGAUCGACCACGCGGAGAUGGAGCUGCGGCGGGGGCAGAUCCUGUGGUUCCGGGGGCUCAACAGGAUCCAGACCCAGAUGGACGUAGUUUACACAUUCCAGACCGGCGCCUCCUCUUUGCAGGGAGCCCUCAGGAGACAGCCUUCCAUCGUGAGCCAGCACCACGAUAUCAAAGUGGUGAAUGCGUUCCGUAGCUCCCUGUACGAAGGCCUCGAGAAACCCGAAUCCAGAAGCUCCAUCCAUAACUUCAUGACUCACCCGGAGUUCAUCCUGGAGGAAGACGAGCCUCGAACACCAUUCCUUGACGGCGCCGAAGACGACCCCGAGCCUGACGGACUCCAAAAGCGAGGUGGGGGCAGCCCGGCGGGGUCGACAGCGUUGAACAGAAACAACAACGCAGUGGACAGCGAGCUCAGCUUCCCAGAGCCUGGGAGCCCCUUCCACAGCCUGGAGACAUCUGUUUGACCUUCGAACUUGGAAUUCCCCCUCCUCCUCCUCAUCCUCCUCCUCCUCAUCCGCCUCGGCGCUGUGUGAUCCCGGCACCAGUAACUGAUCACAGCUGCGGUCACUCCGUGUCAAACUGCUCAUGCCUGUUACCAUCAUUUGGGGUUGGUUUUAUUUUUGGGCGGGGGGGUAGGGAGGGGGUUUUAUUUGAUUUUUCUUUCAUUUUUUUGGUUUCUGUUUUGUUCUUUUUUUUUUCUUUUACCGUUAUUUAGCAGUGGGAACCAGAGUACCACCGCCACGCUGUGGGUGUUGGGAGAGAGGCUAAGCCAAAAAAAACCACCCAACCAAACAAUUGUGCAUCUCCAUCCCUGGUUUUCCGUGGUACUCGCCCGGGGGGAAGCAGCCAGGUUCUUUCCUCUCCAAGAGUUGGGCUCCAGGCACGGAGGGAGGUUUUCACUUUGGAAAAAUGCAUGUUCCGAGGAAAUUCAAGUUGUUGUAGUCUUACACACCCUCAGCCCGAGGGCUGGGGGUGCACUUGUGACUUGAUUUUAAUUUUUUUUUUUUUUUUUGGUGGGUUUUUCUUCCACUUGUGGUUUUUAGGGGUUUUUUCUUCUAAUGUUGGAGGUUUUGCUCUUUGCUUGUGGGAUUUGUCCCCCCCCCCCACCCAGGAACUUCUCAGUGGGGAGGGGCAGUCACCACUCCAGUGUGAAAAUUAAGGAAUAAACUAAAAAAUCCCAGCCAGAGGAAGGUGUUUACUCCAAGGUUGAGAGAUCCAGGGAUGUCCACCAGUCUUCCACCUUUGGAAAAUGGUACCUGGGCGUUUUCCAGCUCCUCCUCUGUGUGUGCCCCACACGUUUUUCUCUCUCUGUUUCCAAACUGGUAGAUGAGAAAUGAAGCUGGCUUAGUUCUAACCUUGCUGGAGGGGAGAGACUCUGAUUUUCCUGCAAAGGGGGAGGUGAAACUGCCAGGGAAAAGGUGGAGAGAAACCCCCCCCAGUUGUGAGGGAUGCAGCUUCUUCCUGGGGAAUUUUAGGAGAGGCCUCUCUGCUGCUCUUGGUCAGGAGGGAAACUCUUGGUGAGAGGUUUUUUGCAGCUCUCACAGCUCCUGGCCCUCAGAGCAGAGGGAGUUUUGCCCUUUUUCUGUGCUGUUGGGGUCAGUAACCCUCCAGCCUCGCUGUGCCGGCUCCAGGGAAGCGCUGAGGGAUCCGGGAGGAGGCUCCAGCUGUGUCCACCAGCGCUCCAAAAGCUGUGGGAGGCUGAACGGAGAAUCCUGAGAGCACAGUGGGUCCUCAGUGCUGGCAGGGAUCAAUCUGGUGGUCUCACGAUCCAGUGGAAGGGAGGGAAGCUCCAUGGCCUACGGAUGAUCCUCGGUUUUCCUGGAGGCAGCAGGUUUGGCUUGGAUGGCUGCAGGUCCUCCGGAGAAGGUGCUGCUGGAGGCUCGGCCUCACUUCGCUGCUUUUUUCUUUUUUUGGAGGUCAUCUCUUCCCCUGGAGCCCUGCCUCACCUCCACCACUUGGAAUAAUUCAGUGAGAGUCCCUUUCCUUGCAGCUGGCUCUGGAUUGUCCCUCUGGCGAUCCCUGGAGCGGGAGGCAGGAUGUGCCGGGCUUGGGCCAAGCCCCUUCCCCGCAAGCUCCCGCUGCUGCUCCCCUGCUCGUGACCCUUCCUCCUCUCCUCCAGCCCCUUUGGGAGCAGAGGGAAUUGGCUGGAAGCCGCUCUCCGAGGUAAUUCCCACCCCUGGGAGCGCAGAGGUUUGCCGGGAGAGGCCGGGGCUGGCUGGGUUCUCCCCCCUGUUCCCUUCAGGAACGCACAGAGGAAUCUCCCGUGCCUUGUCCGAGCACUGCCUGCAGCACCUCCUGCCACGCCAGGGCCCAGAUCUUUGCCGAGAUUUAAGUGUUCCUUAAACCACACCACAAACCAAGUGUCUUCGGUUCGCCCCCGGCCCCGCCUCGUCCUUUCCGUGGGGUGGGAGGAGGAGGGGAGGUCUUGAUCCCAAAAAUCCCCGCUAUCCGGAAUGUUCCGAGUGUCCCACCCUGGUGCUGGCGAGCUGGGCUUUGUUCACUGCCAACAGCAAGAAGAAAUUGCCACCACUGCCCAUCCCCAGUGCAAAUUCAGUGUCCACCCCAUGCCCGGCUCCUUUUUUCCUCCCUCCCUCCCCCAAAAAAAUAACCCAGGGGGGUGAGGAGGGGUCUUGGGUUAAACACCAGGGAAGACCCAAACAAGGGGUGGUUGUGGGGUUUUGGUUCUAUGUUAAAGAUGACAUUGCUUAAAAAAACAACAAAAAAAAAAUCACUUUUUCUAUUUUAAAUACUUGCAAAAAAAACAAAAAAAAAAGAAGAAGAAGAUAUGGUGUUCUUACAAGCUUACAUAAAUAUUUAUUAAAUACAUUUUUUGGGGGGGAUGCACCAAUUUUAUUUUGGUUUUUUUUUUCCUUUUGAUAUUUUUUUAAUACCUCAGACCUGUUGAAAAAAAAAAGAAAUAAAAAAAAAAAGAAAAGAAAGACUCAAACCACCACCAACUUCAAGCCAACUUUGGGGGCUCUCAAAGUCACUCCCAGAAAUCUGUGACUGGCAGGGUUUGCCACAAGGGUCUGGUCGUUCCUUUAGUUUGCUCUAUUUUUGUCGUUCUAGUUGCCAUAUUAGGAGGGGGGGGAUGGGGGAGGGAGAAAUAAAUGCUCUAUAAAUAUUAUGCAAAAAAAAAAAAAGGAAAAAAAAAAAGAAAAAGAAAAAAAAAUCUAGUUUUCUUUAGCUCAGAAACAGAUAUUUUUACGUCAGCCAUAUGUAUUUUGUUUAAAGAAAAAAAAAGAAAAUAAAGAGAUCUCGGGUCCCGCGGCUGCGUGAGGGCAGUUGCAAGGGACACUUUAAUUAAUUCCGUGGAUUAAUUAAUUCAGCCAUCGGAUGCCAGUCAGCUUCCUUUUCUCUGAGCAGCCAUCUUUCUACUAGACGUGAGUUGGAUGACACAAAUGGGGUUUUUUUAUAUAAAUAUCUAUAAAUUAUGUUGGUGUAUGGCUGGUUGCUUCAAGUAUAAAUGUUUCUUGCGCAGAUUUCCUGUAAAGUUAUUUUGGGGUUUUUUUUGGGGGGGGGGGUUAAAUUUCAGUGAUAUCCUGGCAGCAGCUGACUCUUGGCUUAAGUUAUUGAGGACAUUACACACACAAAAAAAAAGAGAUUUGGGGGAGAUCGGUGCUCCAAAAAUCAGAAAAAAAGGCAUGGUCGGCGGCACGGACUUUUGGGGACUCUCUGCAACAUGCCUUGACUAGGGGGAGAUAUAAAUAUAUAUAUAAAUAUAUAUUAUUAAUAAUAAUUCCUGGGGUUUUUCGCUUUGUUUGAACUGCCACGAGCGCGCACGGAGCAGGGGAGGGACAGCGCCAAGCAAAGUCACCCCCCCCGUCCUCCUCCUCCUCCUCGUUGUGAUCCGUGUUCAACUUGCCUUGGAAUGCUUUGUUAUUAAAACACUCUGAACAUCCUUCUGCAUCCAGUUCUUGAUGCCAGCAGGGCCCCUUGGUGGUGGAUUUUCCGUGGAUUUUCCGUGUUGGUACCAAAGACACCCCACCGCGGCCUGGGCGCCGUUUGCCGGCCGGGCAGCUCGAGGCGUUUUCGCUUUCUCCUGCUGAGGUUUUUAUGAUUUGCACACACAGAGAGAGAGAGGGGCUUGGGGAGGGGGAUUUAACUCGAUUGGUUUGUUUUUAGCCAAAAGGUUUUCCGUGCAAUAAGCUUCCGAGGGAGAUUUUUCCAAACGAUCUCAAGAAGGAAACAAACGAAGCCGCGUUUUAGCAUGGGCGCCCUUUGCGGGUUUUCCUCUCCCCGCCCCAUCUCUCAGCUCCUCUCUGAGGGUGACCUGAGGGGAUGGCUGUUAAAAAAACCCCAUCCCAAAUCCAGCCAGGGCAUCUCCGAGGUGUCCCUGUCACCCUCUGUGACCGUAGGGACCCCCCCCAAGUCCCUGGAGGGGACGCCUGGGCCUGCAUCGCUUCUGCUCCGUCCCCAGCCCCUCGUGGAGCUCAGAGCCCCCAAAACGCCCUCCUGCACCCCCAGCUUUCCCUUGGAGGCCCAGGGAUGCGAGGGAACCUUUUUCCUGCUCCUUUUCCACCCAAACUGGGGGGUUUUGGCACCUCUUUCUCGCCAGCACCCCCCUCUCACCCUGACUCUGCUCUUCCCCGCUCCCCAAAAGCCCAAUUUUCAUCCAGCAAAGCCCAUGGCUAAAACUGCCUUUAGUUUAUUUCCUCCCCUUCAAUAAAUAUAUAUAUAUAUACAGUCUGAACUCAACAUUUAUGUGUGUGUAUAUAUAUUUAUCCAACGCUCUCACAAAACAAAAAGAACUUUCUUUUGAAGAGGGCACGCAGAGCCGAGUUUUUCUUUUUUUUUUUUUUUUUUUCAGUAACUCAGUAUAAUAAGCACUGGUAUUUUUGUAUAAAAAAUGGGAGAGAAAGCGGGGAAAAAAAAAAACAACAAAAAACCAAAAAACCAAAAUACAAAACAAAAGACUGAAUAUUAUGUGGUAUGCAUGACAUUAAAAAACAAAACAAUGGUGGUUUCAAAGCAAUAUGUACCCUGGUGUGUUUGCCAUAUCCUAGAGUCCAGCUUCAAGUGCACCUGAUCUGUAUUGCAUUUUGAUAUUAAUCUCUAUGUACCAUGUUUUGCAUGUAAUUUAUAUGGAUCUUGGGAGAAAAAAAAAGAAAAAAGAAUCUGAAUGAAUUGUCCGUUGGCUUCUUCCGAGAAAACAGGCUCCGAGCAGAGAGAAUACUCCAAAGUGGAAGCAGCAGAGUGGUUGAGGGGUGGGAAAAGGGGGUGCAGCAUAAAAACAAAAACGAAGAGGGAGAAGGGGAACGGUUUGGAAUCAAUAAAGCUUUGGCUGUCGAGCAGAAACAAUGCGCGAAUGCAUCCAGAGAAUAAAAUGUGCCCACAUGUAA